CAAACAACGACCCUGUGUAUAUUGCCAAGUAUUACUAUGAUUUUGUGGUGGAAAAUCAAGUUAUACCCUCUUUGACAAGGUCUGAUGCUGGGACGGAAAACAGCAUCCUGGCAAGUUGUCAAAUGUACAUGGAAGGCCCAGAUAAGCCAUGACUAUGGCACAUCGAUAAAAAACCAGAGAAUUGAGGCCUAUUGGAGUAUCCAACGCCAUCGCAACUCUAUUUUUUGGGAACAAUUAUUCAAGGAUUUGGAAGCAGAGGGAAAGUGGAUACAAGGAAAUCAUCUGCACAGACAAUGUUUACAGUACGUCUUUAUGCCAUUAUUGAGAAGAGAACUAAAAGAAUUCGUGGAAGAACACAAUUCCCACAGGAUCAGAAGACAGAAAGAUAGGCUGACGCCACAAGGGAUCCCUGAGGAUCUUUACAGCUUUCCAGAACGCUUUGGCUUUCGUAACGCUGGCUAUGUUCCCAGGACAAGUCACUUACAGUUUCUAAGAGAAGAGAAGGGCCUGGGCCAAAGCCUGCCAGAUUUUCUUGAGGUUAACUUUCGGGGGAUGGCGACAACUUCUUUGACGUGCCCAUCAGAAUGGAAAAUAGUAGGGAAGCAUAUGAAUGCCUUCUUGAGCACGUACUUUCUCAAGGUUAACCUCUUCAUAAUAGCCAGCUCAGUUAAAACGGAAAAACUGAGAUCAAAUAAUAAUAAGAAGUUUUUUUGUAUCGUGUUAGUCAUCACCACAGAUUUAGAUUUCCUCGUGCCUUUUAUAACGAAUCAAUAAAAAAAAAGAUUAAAUUUGAA